AUUAAAACGUUGGAAAUAUUUUUCACUUGUGAUAUAGACUGUGAUAUAAAAACUAGGAACGAUAUGUGAAUAGACUAUAUGAAUAAUAAUAUGUUACAUUGUUUUCAUUAGAAAAAUAAUAAUUCACCACUUAAAUGUAGUUCUUUAAUUUUGAUAGUGUUGAAUAUAAAUCGGUAUUUCGGAAAAGAUCACAGUUAGUUCAGCUACUAACAAAAAUGGCAGCCUCCAUACUCAUGCCUUACAAGCUGUGAUAAAGUGUCCAGAUUCGCGUAUAUUCGGUUGUGUUGGUGGAUAGUUUAUCUUCAGAUUACCUCAGAAGGAAAGAAGCAAUGGGUAUUCUCGAGAAAAUAGCCGAAAUUGAGAGGGAAAUUUCCCGAACCCAGAAAAAUAAAGCUACUGAGUACCAUCUAGGAUUGUUAAAAGCUAAACUUGCAAAAUACAGACAGCAGUUGUUAGAGCCAGGGGGAAAAUCUACAUCUAAGGGUGAGGGUUUUGAUGUGAUGAAAUCUGGAGAUGCCCGAGUGGCCCUGAUUGGAUUCCCUUCUGUAGGAAAGUCAACAUUACUGGGUACCCUGACAUCCACCAAAAGUGAAUGUGCUGCUUAUGAGUUCACAACUUUGACCUGCAUUCCUGGUGUUAUAGAGUAUAAUGGUGCCAAAAUUCAACUUCUAGAUUUACCUGGAAUUAUAGAAGGAGCUGCUCAAGGAAAAGGAAGAGGUCGACAGGUCAUCGCCGUGGCAAGGACUGCAGAUAUGGUGGUAAUGAUGCUGGACGCCACAAAAAGCAGAGUUCAAAAAGAUUUACUGACGGCUGAGUUGGAGAGUGUUGGUAUAAGACUAAAUAAAAGGAGACCCAACAUUUACUUCAAGCAAAAGAAAGGUGGAGGCAUAUCGUUUAAUUCCACCCUCCCACUGACAAAGUGUAAUGAGAAGUUGGUGCAGAUGAUUUUACAUGAAUGGAAAAUCUUCAAUGCCGAGGUACUGUUCCGAGAGGACUGUACAUCAGACGAGUUUGUGGACGUUAUACUGGGAAGCAGAGUCUAUAUGCCUUGUUUAUAUGUGUAUAAUAAAAUUGAUCAGAUCUCGAUAGAGGAAGUUGACAGACUUGCCAGAGAACCCAGUUCUGUGGUUGUCAGUUGUAACAUGAGGCUAAAUCUGGACUAUCUGUUAGAAAUGAUUUGGGAGUUUCUGGCCUUGGUUCGAGUCUACACCAAGAAAAGAGGGGAGAAGCCAGAUUUUGAUGAUGGUUUGAUUUUACGGAGAGGCUGUACAGCAGAGCAUGUUUGCCAUGUUAUACAUAGAACAAUGGUGGACACCUUCAAAUAUGGAUUGGUUUGGGGAACCAGUGUAAAGUACAGUCCGCAGAGGAUAGGACUGCAGCACCUGAUGAACCAUGAUGAUGUCAUACAAGUUGUCAAGAAAUAUUCAGAAGGCUCAUUUUUUACCAGACGAAUAUUGAGAGCAGCAGACGGGCGUACAGAAGGCCUAGAUCUCUAUGAAAUGAAUACGGAUCCCCUCGCAGUUGUCGUCAUCACAUCAGGGACUCGUGGGGAUAGACUGCUUUUCCGCUACCCAAACACUGAGCCUGUUAACCAUGGCGUGUUUGAAAAAUCAAAGGGAAGCAAUCCAUAUGCAGUGAAAGUAACUGAAGAUAUUCUAUCAAACAAAGAACCUGUCACUUCCUGCAUCAGAGACAAUACUUUGGUGGGGUUUUCAGACAGUAUUCUAGCAAAUUUGCUGGCUGCUAAACAAGAUCUUUGUAGAAAACCGUUUGAUCUGAAGAUAGAUGAUGUUCGAUUUGUGGGAUACCCAAUGUCCCUGGACACAAGUAAAUCCAAACCAGGAGCUCAUCGGAUCAUUUCAUUUAACAUCACAUUUGUCCUGAGGGCCAAUGUGACAUCCUCUGUGAUCCAGUGUUACACCGACCUCGUGAAGCAGAUCACUGUGGCCAUUCACCAUGAGGAGGGACGAUGUCAGUACCUGACGUCUCAGGCCAAAAUCAUGCUGUCCAUUCACGACGAGGUGGCAGCCCUGCCUGAAGAUUCUGGGGAGUCUCCCUAUGCAGUGAUUCUUCAGAAGAGUUCUCUUGCCAGAUGUUUACAGACAAUCUUUGAAGAUUUAGGUCAAACUGGAUUGGUCCACUUGUUCAUCAACAAAUGGAUAGAAAUUAGGUUUUGUUUGCCACACAAAAUUCACCAGAUACCUGACUCAUCAAGCAUGCUGAAGAUAGAGCCAGAAAUAAUACAGAGGUGCUUGGAAUGUCUGAGGCCAUACCACGGAGUCCUGCUGCUGAUGGAGAAGCAGGCAAUACAGGACUCUCUGCCAGUAGACUGCAGUCCAGCACUCAGCCGACUGAUCACAGUGUGGAGUCCUCUACAGAGUCUGCAGGUGCUCUCUCAGGAGGCCGACCUACCACUGUCACAGGUAUUCCACAUUGUGGGUCAUCUUGUGUAUUGGGGAAAGGCAACCAUUAUCUAUCCUCUGUGUGAGACCAAUGUGUAUGUUUUGUCUCCUGUGGCAAACACUUAUGUAGAUUCAGACCUCUCUGAGGAGUUCAACAGUCUUUUCUCUUUGUCCCUGUGUGCUCAGCUCUCCGAGUUUUCGUACCCUGUGAAGCUGCGGGAAUCUAAGGAUGUUUUAAAUCCCACGAAGCAACAGGACCAGAAGGUGAGAAUUGUGGUGUGGAUGCUACAGCAUAGACUGUUGAUUCAGUUACACACCUACGUCAUUUUCUGUCCCCCUACCUCCCGCAGAUUGAAGAAAAUGUCCGAUGACAUGUGUAGGUCAUCAGGUAUGCCCAUGGUGCCAGAGGAGGAAAGUGUGUCUAUAUCAGACAUUGCAUCAGUAAACAGUGAUGAAAGUUUGGCACUGAGUUACCAGGGAACCAGUCAAUUUUCUAAAUCUCCCUCCUCUGACGGCUCCCUGGCAUCGGAAGACAGAUUCUGGCCACUUCACGAUGAAAUGUCCGGUCUCUCCAAAGAGGAGAAGGACUGCAUCCUAGACAUACCUGCUGCCAAAAACCUGGAGGACCUCAAGCUCUUUACAAAACUGUUUCCAUACUUCAGAGGCGACCACCAUUUGGAGGAGAUAAUGUAUUACGAGAAUCUUCACCGGUCCCAGCUGCUGGCUCUCCUGGACAAAUUCCGAUCCAUACUCAUCACCUGUCAGUACGAGGAUCCGGCCACUUCCUUCACACACAUGGAUCACCACCAGAAAACCUAGGGACCAGGAACCAGCCAAGCUGAUGAAUCAAAGGCCGAAACCGGUCAAUAUCACCAAUCAGACAGGUGACAUGUGACAGCAUCAUCUACAGUGCAGAUCCAAGAGGCGUACAUCAAAACGACACCCAGGUGUUUGUUCCAGACAUUAAUUAUCCAGCUAGAUGUGAAGUACAUUCAAACAAUGACAAUGUACUGUAGAUUCCUUAUUUUACAUGCGUACUUAAUUCUGCAACCUGGCUGUUGUAUAGUUCAAAUUGUGAGAACAUAAAAUUGCAAAUUAAGACCUUCCGACUUAUAUUUCAUGUAAUCCAUCUUGUUUCUAACAGCCAUGACAUAAAAUGGAACAGCCAUGACAUAAAAUUGGAUCUGUCUCUGUAGUGAAGCCAAUCUAUGCUAGGUGGGUUACAAAGACAGUUGGCAAGAUCUUUAAAAGUUCGGAUCUGAUGAAACAAGAUUGGAGAAUGACCGGUAUUGUGAAAAUCAUCAUUUAUGAAACCAUUACAGCAGUGUGGCUUCGACAAUUCCCUCCGACAUAAACAUUAGUUACAUGAUGUUGAUUUUACCUUUGCAUACAUGUACAUGCUUUAAAUAAUGAAGUUGAUGUUUUCGUCUUUUAAUAUGGAAGAAAGUUAUCUCUCCUGAUUGUACUGUCGUCUUAACAUUACAUUCGCUUUUUAUUGUGUAUCAUAGAAAAAAUAAUUGUAUCAAAAUAAAUAAUUAGCAAGUUAUAAAUAUUUGUAAUAGAAUCUCUAAUUCAUUAUUAGAAAAAUUGACCCGAAAUUCUAUGGUUAGUUUUAUUCAACCAUAUCACAUAUUAUAAUGCCACAUGUCAUGUAAUUUGUCAUCAAAUGUCACGUCAAUUUUACGUGGAUAUUCUUUUCUUUUAAGUAUGUGAUUCUGCAAAAGCAGAAAGGCUGGGCCAACAGCAUGCAGUGUUACUUUGUUACAUCAAUGAGUUAGUAAUCUUUGGUAUGGAUUUACAGCCGACUGCUGUUCUUACACUGUGCCAUACAAGUUAAUGAGUAGGCCUUCCAUUGCUUCAUUAACCGAGAUGUACGACAUUCUUGCAUGCAUGUCAUUCUUUAAUCAAGAUCUGCAUUGCUGUUUUGUUAUAUGCAGCAUAAUUGAGUGUGCAAUAAAAUGUGAUUAGUGCCAAACUUUGAUUUUAAAAUUCUGUCAUUUAUUGUAUAAGAGCAGGUAAGUAUACACGUCUAGUGAACUAUGCCUUAGACUAGAUUCCCUGUUGGUUAGUGAAAUUUAUGAUUUCUUCCAACUGAAAAGAUGACACAGAAAAGCUGCUAAGAUCUUGAGAGUAUGAAUGAGAGUGUUUUUGUCUGCAGUGAAGUACUUGGAAAUAGACAUAAAACAAAAUUAUUUAGAGGCUCUUUAUUUUGAUUGUACUCAAAAGAGUAAAAUAUUGAUAUUACAUGCAUGUGUUUCCGAUUUCCAAAUGUAUGAAAAAUGGACAUUUUGUUUGAUUUUCUGUAAAUUGUGAAUAGAUUUAUAAACUGUUGAAAAGACAUUUUAUUUUUAUGUUGUUACCCUGCCAAUGUUUUUUCCUCAUGAAACAAAAGAUUUCAGUGUACAGGUUAUAUGUUUGGGGCUUUUAUAAACUGAAACAUUUACAAAAUAAAACAUGGAAACAA